CAUGCAGGGUUACCCGAGACCAAGUCCUUUUCCCCUGUGACUUUGCUGAUGUGCUGCAAUGCGGUUUUUGCCGCCAAAGGGAGCGAGAUCACAACCCUAGCAUUUCUAGACUAAAGCAGAAGCCAUGUAAAGAAAUUUGGGGGUUGUUUAAGAGGCUGUAUGUGCACACGCGUGUUCUCGGUAUGCUGGGCAUGCAGACUGAUGUAAACGGGGAGGGGGGGCAAAUCAGCCUCUGGGCACAGAUGCUCAGGAGCCCAGGUGCGGGGCAGGAGCAUCCUCAAGGACAUCACUGCCUGGAGGCAGACAGCUUUCGGACCUUUCUCUUCAGCACUUCAUCUUUCCCAGUGCAGCUUCUCCUAUUAGGAGAUUCGUCUGUUGCAUUUUAAAACCCAGCCUUCCUAGUUCUUCGCUGUCUGCUCAGCAUAGGAUGUUGAGAAGCCUGAGACGUCCCUAGCAGCCGGAUCCAUUCUGUCUUAGAAAACCAACUGCUUUGCAAACCCACAGCUUAUCUUUGACACCAUGGAACUGUUUUGAACUUCUUUAAGUUUGAUUUUUUUCUUUUCUACUUAAAAUGUCAGCAAAGUAUGUAGAGUCUUGUUAAGAGAGGGCUUCUGAUUUCUGAGGCUAGCAAGGGCAUCAGAGGACAUGAAAACUUCCCGGCUGAAUUCCAGAUUCAUUUCCAGAAGCAUUUCUCCAAACGUCUGCUCCGUUUAGAAUGCCCUGCAGGAAUCCCUUGAAAAACUGGAAAAUCUGGCUCAAACUUUGAGAGCAAUGGCUGAAAAAGAAAGAUGAACAUCUUGGGGUAGGGCUUGGGGGAGCUUCCUAGGAAAUGAUUGAAGUCUGGCUGAUCUGGCAUUUUCCAUCACAGUUUGGUGUCUUCAUGUGCCGUCCAUCAUCUACUACAGAUCAGAUGGAGUUUAGGAAAACAAGGGAGCCUAGUAAUAAAAGGGUCAAACCCCUUUCCAGAGUCACCUCGCUAGCAAACCUCAUCCCACCUGUGAAGACCACGCCGUUAAAGCGCUUCAGCCAAACCUUGCAGCGGUCCAUCAGUUUCCGCAGCGAGAGCCGCCCUGACAUCCUCGCCCCCAGAGCCUGGUCCAGAAAUGCCACCUCCUCAAGCACAAAGCGGAGGGACAGCAAACUGUGGAGUGAGACCUUUGAUGUGUGUGUCAAUCAGGUGCUUACGGCCAAGGAGAUCAAGCGGCAGGAGGCGAUCUUUGAGCUGUCUCAAGGGGAAGAAGACUUGAUAGAGGACUUGAAAUUAGCAAAGAAGGCCUACCAUGACCCCAUGCUGAAACUCUCGAUAAUGACAGAGCAAGAACUGAAUCAAAUUUUUGGAACCCUGGACUCUCUUAUUCCUCUCCAUGAAGCGCUCCUUAGUCAGCUUCGAGAUGUUCGGAAGCCGGAUGGCUCGACCGAGCAUGUUGGUCCCAUCCUCGUGGGCUGGCUGCCUUGUCUCAGCUCCUAUGACAGCUACUGCAGCAAUCAAGUUGCUGCCAAAGCCCUGCUGGACCACAAAAAGCAAGACCACAGGGUGCAGGAUUUCCUUCAGCGCUGCUUAGAAUCCCCCUUCAGCCGCAAACUCGAUCUCUGGAAUUUCCUUGAUAUUCCCAGGAGCCGUCUAGUGAAAUAUCCUCUGCUCCUUCGAGAAAUCUUGAGGCACACGCCAAAUGAUAAUCCAGAUCAGCAGCACUUGGAAGAAGCUAUAAACAUCAUUCAGGGAAUUGUGGCAGAAAUCAACACCAAGACUGGGGAAUCGGAAUGUCGUUAUUACAAAGAGCGGCUGCUUUACUUGGAAGAAGGCCAGAAAGAUUCCCUAAUUGACAGCUCGAGGGUCCUGUGUUGUCAUGGAGAACUGAAAAAUAACCGGGGUGUGAAACUGCAUGUUUUCCUGUUCCAAGAAGUGCUCGUGAUCACUCGCGCCGUCACUCACAACGAGCAGCUCUGCUACCAGUUGUACCGGCAGCCCAUCCCCGUGAAGGACCUCACGCUGGAAGAUCUGCAGGACGGAGAAGUUCGCCUGGGCGGCUCCCUGCGCGGGGCCUUCAGCAACAACGAGAGAAUUAGAAACUUCUUCAGAGUCAGUUUCAAAAAUGGAUCCCAAAGUCAGAACCACUCGCUACAAGCCAAUGACUCCUUCAACAAACAGCAGUGGCUCAACUGUAUCCGCCAAGCCAAGGAAACAGUUCUGUCUGCUGCUGGGCAGGCUGGGUUGCUUGACUCUGAGGGACUGUUCCUGAGUCCUGGCACUGAAAACAGGGAGCCACAGGGAGAAACAAAACUUGAGCAGAUGGACCAAUCGGACAGUGAGUCAGACUGCAGUAUGGACACCAGUGAAGUCAGCGUUGACUGUGAGAGGAUGGAACAGACAGACUCCUCCUGUGUAAACGGCAGGCCAGAGGAAAGCGUCUGACUGAAGGCUCCGGCCAUGCUAGCAGCAGGCCUCUGUCUUAUCUGUACAGUAUUCGCAUUCCACACACGAACAGUCUGGAGAGGCACUGUGUAAUCCUUCUGUGCCCAGGGUGGCAUACUCUCUUAUGUCUGUUCCCUGCCCCUCGUACUGCAACUGCCAGCCAGUCCGCGUCAGCUGGAAUCUGCGGCAGCCCUUACCCCAUUGCUGUUUCUCACAAGUGUCCGGAUGAGGGGAGAGGAAUCAAACACAUUACUCUGCGUUGUCCUACUUUCAAACCAGAAAUGAUCUCUAAACUACUGUUCUGCGCAUACUGCAUCGACAAGUCCUUUGUCCCAUGCUUCUCCAGCGUUCCCCUAGCUCUUUCACACAGUAGCUGAAGUCCUGGAACUGAGCGAGCUUUGCAGAGAGUUGAGAUGGCGUUCAGAGGGGAGCCAGGAAAGUCUAACCCUUGAAGUGAAGUCAGGUUCCGUGUUAUUCAACCAGAAAACAUGGAAAUAUCCCUGGGGGUUUCCGAGGUUUAAUUUUUGCAAAGAAGGAAGCCUUGUUUGAAGCCUGUGGCUUCAUCCAGUACAAGGUGAAUGUAAGAAGGUGUGAAACAGAAGGUGGCUUUAGAGAGGGCCAACAGAGGCCUGGUGGCACAGGCCUACAAUUCCAGCUCUUGUCUACAUACUGAGUUUCUAAGUCAAACUGAGUUCCAUAGUAAAAACAAAACAAAAAAUGUACCUGUCAGUUCUGAAUAUUCAACGGAAGUGGGGGUGGCUGUGGGAGGUGUUUGUCAUGGCCAGUGUCUUGCCAUAAAGAGCUAUUUCUAAGGACCAGGGAGUGUCUGCCAGGAUUAUGAGACCCCAUCUGCAUCAUGUUUCAUCUUUCUCAGCCACUUUCACUUUAGAGUGGCAAUGAGGGGACACAGAGACUGACUCACAUCAGUGACUCUGUUUACAAACAUGAGGGAAGCAGUUGGGAGUGAGAAAUGUGUCACGGUCACCGAAGCCUCCUGUGGGAACCACAAAGUUGAAGUUGCUGCAUGGGAUCUUGGGAUUUCCUGAUCUGCUUCUGGACCCUGAGCUUGUGUCUCUGGUUCCUGGAUUAUAAUCAGAAUGAGCAUUAAUUCCUCUUAAGGCCAAUUCCAUUAGCUCUGAUUGAUGAGGAUCAGGUAGCCAAACUGGAAAGUUCUGUGUUCCAGCCUUGAUUUACAGAGCAAGGACUUGUAAAAAGACCUUGGGGGAUUGGGUUGGGGGUUGGGUGGAGUUCAUGAAAUACACAGAACAGCUCCCUGCAAGUGUAAAUACUUAGGGGACUUGUACAGAAUUAUACCCACACCAGCACUAGUAGUAAUGAUUCUAAAUUAUUGCCAAAAAGGUUUGUUGUUGUUGAUUUCUGCAUCUAUCAAGUUUACAGAAAAGAAAGCAGCAAAAUGCAAAGUCAUCCCUUUAUUGUGUGCAUGUACCACAGGCACUGAAAGAGGCUGUGUGGCAGGAGCUGCCAAUAGAAAAGCAAGCUAUAUUACAUUAUUAUUUCUCAAAACAGAUCUGUUCUACCCUGUAAAGCAUAUUUCUGUAUUUAUAGAUUUGAACCAUGGUGAAUUUUUUUUCUAUUGCAAGUUUAUUUAAAACCACUUUGUUUCUCAAGUUGCUGAUUUAGCGCAUGAGCCUGCUGCAGACAGUGGAAAGCUGAGGCAGGACACUGGACGGUGGAGAAAAGCCUCAACUGUUUUCUCUAGAGCUGCUGGCCACUGUGGCCAAUGAGUUGAGAAAAGGUCUCUGUCUGUCAGGGUCAGCCUGUUGGAAGAGAGUGGAUGAGUGUUUUGGUGAAAUGAGACUUUUGUAUAAUGGCCUUAAACUUUUCUGGAAGCAUUUCAAAUAAAUUGCAUUAAAAAUA